AUGGUACUCGCGUCUGCUGGUUUCGCCGGGCGAAGUCCUCAAGCAGCUGUUGUUGCCGGGCGCCUCUACACUUGCAUGUCGAGUAAGCGUGUUGUUGUUGUUGUUGUUGUUGUUGUCGGGCCGGACGAAAGGAGCCAGUCAAUUAACGAAAUGAGGCCGAGAAAUUCGGCUUCUGCUAAUGGCGCCGGUGAAAAGGAGACAUUCUUGAAUGCAGUCUUAGUCACCCUCGGUCGGACAUUUCAGUUGCUGCGGGGAGGGAUGGUGGAGCUUCAGCCUCGUCCUGUCCUUGAUCGCUUCAAGAGCUGCAGCAUUUCAUUCCUUCUCCUGCGGGUUGUAACGUCAGCUUCUGGUCCAAGUGGACUUUGCUCAAACUCUCCUCCGACCCGUAGGCCCCGCGUCUGCAGACUAGAUUGCGGAAAAUCUGUUCCAUGCCAACCUGGAAUGGGGCAUCUUGGCGAUUUCGUCAUAACCCCUGUCCGCUUUACCUCCAUCUGA